AUCCAACAUUUUACAUUCAAUGAACCUUUUCAAAAAUAUCAUAAAUAUCAUUUGGCUGAAGCUUUUUUUAAAGAUAGUACUGUUGCUAAAGAAUUAUUAACAAAGCAAGGAAAUUAUUGGGCAAAACAAGGUAUAAUAGCAUCAAGUGUAGAAAUAAAUCCUAUUUCUUGUUCUGUUUUAAAUAUGUCUUUCUUCAAUAAAUUAAAAGAUCCUAAAAAUGGAAUUGUGCACAAAUCUGGAGCAAUUUGUAAAAGAUUUGAUAUGGAAAUAGAAAAUUUUUUAAUCUCUGAUAAUCUUAGAGCAAUGUUAUUGGAUGAAGAAUGUCCAGAGUAUAAUUUAUAUUUAAAAGAUGAACGAGAAGAAUUUAUAUUUUUUAUUUUUCAAAUGCUUGUUCUUGGAGGAAUAUUGUGUCAAUAUGAAGAUAUUUUAAAUCCAUACUUAGAAGUAACAAGAGCUAUGUAUAAGGAUUUAAUAAAGGUACAAAAAAAUGAAGAUACUGAUUUAUCAAUUAGUACAGUAGUUUUACAAGUAGUAGCUAAAGAUAGUAAAGGAGAAGCAUAUUUUCCAUAUGAUCCAUCACAUAUGCAAAAUAUAGGAUUUCUGUUAAUUGACGGUAUAACUCAUGAAAUUACAACAUUUUUGCAUCAGUUUGGUGAAUAUUGUCUUUCACAAUGAUUAUAAAAAAAA